AUGCUGAUACUGUUACUAUUGUCAAUGAUAAGCUUCACUGCAUCACUUCUUGGAUUGGCUUUAUUAGCCAUAGGUUAUGGCCUCAAUCUUUCCACCAUAGUCUUUCUAUGUUUUGGCCUUAGUGGUUUAGUCACUUCGACAGUUUUAUGGACUAUACGACCAAAAUCACUAAUGACUUGGCCAAAAUGUCUGAAACGAUUUGUUAGAAGACAUCGAAGACAUACUAACAAUGGCAAACAGUCUGAAGUAUUAGAUCGUGAUAAAGCUGAAAUGAUUAUGAGAAAUAUUCGUGGAAUUCCAUACCUCAUUCAGGCUAUUCAGUAUAGCAUGGAGACCACGUAUUAUACAGCUAUGAUGGCACAAAGCAGUGGUGAAGUACCGACUACUUCAGUGAUACACACAGCUCCAAAAUGUACCAGCGUUAUUGAUUCUGACCAUGAAGAUUGCUGCUCAGCGCCAGAAACUGUAUUAACGAAGGAUCGUCCAACAGCUCAUAUAGUUCAUCAAACAAUCGAGGAAUGGAUCCCGACUGGAUCAUCCUCUUGGAACAAUACUCAACUAAGGAUUUCUAUCAGUAAUAAUUCUGAUACUGGAAUUAACGUAUUUCCAUAUAGUGAAGUAACACCCCGGUUGAGCAGUGAUCCAAUUCUGGAAAUGGUUGAAAGACCAGCGGAAAUUUCAUCUGAAAUUGAGGAAACCAAAAGUUUCUUGAAAAGGUUAACUUUGCUUCUUAAACUUGACUAUCAGAGUAUCCCUUCAAGUACUGACUGCUAA